UGAUAGCAUCCCCCUUGCACCCCAGUGAUGCACCCAGUAUCUGGCCCUGUGCCACCUGCUGCUCCUGGUGCCCCGGAGAGCUAAAAUCAUAUGGUUAGGCCCUCCAAGUCCCCACAUUCCUCUGACUGGGCAUCAUUCUUAGCAUUGAUUUUCUUGGACUUUCAGGGUGAUCCAAGCACACCUUGGGUUGGUGUCCUGGGGUGAUCGCCUCCAGCACCGGCAGGCGCUUGCAAAUCUGACUGCUGCAUAUGGGAAUGGAAUUGUUUCCAUCAACUCCUCCAGUGCUUAUAUUUGCUGGAUGCCAGGCAUUUUGCGGUACUUGUUGCUGCCCUAGUGCUCUCCUUGGAUGGUAAUGGUGGAGUGGUCCAAGCAUCUCCCGUGCAUCCCCCUCAUGCCCUAAUGCAGUGACUGAGCCAUAAGUCUUUUAUGGCAAGUUUGUAUGUUCUUGCCCAUCUCCCUCCUUUAGGAAUGGAAGAUGCUUCUGUGUGCAGGGAGAAGGUCUGCAAAUGUGAAGUGAUAUAAAAUUACUGCUUUAAGGGUGAUGGAGAAGAGAAGAGGGAAUGAGGUUUCCGGGUGUGGGUGCACGGCUCAUCCGAGGCUGUAUGUGCCCCAUGAGAUGCUGUGCAAGCAGCUGGGCUGGAGCAGCUGGGGAGCCUUGCACCCAGGGGCAGCAACCCAUCUUCAACCCCAGCCAACGGCACCAUGCCCCCCUGAGUCUGACCCUGCCCCAUCACCUUCCCUAAAGGUGUGUGGAGCUGCUGGUUCUCCAGUCCCAGAUCUCCCCAAGCAGAUGCAGGCUAUAACCGAGAGCACGGCAUGGAUUGGAGCCGCACAUCAGAGCAGCAGCAUCGCGCACCCAGGGAUAUGAUUAUUUCCCAGUGGUUGAAAUCUAGGUCUCUUGCUUGGGAGGAGGGAGGGGGGGAGAGAUGCUCAUAUUAAUCUUAUGAAUAUUCAUUGAGAAGCUCUGCUGCCUUUGGAGGUUUGUUCCUGGGAGCCUGGGGCAAGUUUCAGGGCCAGCGGCGCAGGUGAGGGUGCUGUCAGCGGAGCGGAGCAGAGCGCGGCUGCUUGUGCAUUCGCUGCAUGCCUGACUGCAGAGCCAAUUGCAAUGCCACACCUCCUGAGGACACUGGGGACAUCAGGUUUUGCUGAGCUUAGCAUCUUCUCAACGCUGUACUGAAGACAUCAGACAGAUGCUCAUCUGCCCUGAAGUGCAGACCUGCAACAGCUACUGAGAAGACUCUGUCCCUCUGUCUCUCUUUCUCUCUCUCUCUCUCCAGUCCAAACCAUUACAAGACCUGACUUCCAUCUGGGAAUCUCACCCCUUUUAUGUCCCUUCUCCUUUUCUACGAUGACUCACCAUUAUUUUUAACUUUGAAGAGAGAGGAAAUUAUGGGGAUCUUGGAAGCCUCUAUUUCUCUCUAGGAUUUCCCCAAGGGUCAGAUAAUCGGUCUUACUAAGAGACACUAAGAUUUGGCUUCUCCAGCAGGGGCAAUUUUCUUUCCUUUUUUAUUUUCUUUUAUUUUAACAUCCCUUCGUUUUUCAUGAGACACUUCCAAACCUACGUACCUGUCCUUCUGCAGGAUAGUAGCCGUGCCCUGAGUCCGAUCCCACCACCGGGCACUCGGAAGAGUUUAGCAUAAGGAUUUCUUUUAAACCCCAGUAUGACAGUUGCUACCGGAGAUCCUGCAGACGAGGCUGCAGCUCUUCCCGGUCACCCGCAGGACACAUACAACCCUGAGACCGACCAUGAAUGCUGCGAGAGGGUGGUCAUUAACAUCUCAGGGCUGCGUUUUGAGACUCAGCUCAAGACACUAGCCCAGUUUCCAGAGACCUUGCUAGGGGAUCCUAAAAAGAGAAUGAGAUAUUUUGACCCUCUCAGGAAUGAGUAUUUCUUUGACCGGAACAGACCCAGCUUCGACGCGAUUUUGUACUAUUAUCAGUCUGGCGGGAGGUUGCGGAGGCCAGUUAAUGUGCCCUUGGACAUCUUCUCAGAGGAGAUUCGUUUCUAUGAACUGGGGGAAGAAGCGAUGGAAAUGUUUCGGGAGGAUGAAGGCUACAUCAAAGAAGAGGAAAGACCACUGCCGGAGAAUGAGUUUCAGAGACAAGUAUGGUUGCUCUUCGAGUACCCCGAGAGCUCAGGCCCUGCCAGGAUUAUAGCUAUUGUCUCUGUCAUGGUGAUUUUAAUCUCCAUUGUGAGCUUUUGCCUGGAAACAUUGCCCAUUUUUCGUGAUGAGAAUGAAGACAUGCAUGGCAGCGGGCUGAGCCAUCCCCCUUACUCCAACAGCAGCAUGGGGUACCAGCAGUCGACCUCUUUCACAGACCCCUUCUUCAUCGUAGAGACACUUUGCAUCAUCUGGUUCUCCUUUGAGUUCUUGGUGAGGUUUUUUGCCUGCCCCAGCAAGGCUGGAUUUUUUACCAACAUCAUGAACAUUAUAGACAUUGUAGCCAUCAUUCCCUAUUUCAUCACCUUAGGGACGGAGCUGGCUGAGAAGCCAGAGGAUGGUCAGCAAGGCCAGCAAGCCAUGUCCUUGGCCAUCCUCCGAGUCAUCCGCUUGGUGCGGGUCUUCAGGAUCUUCAAGCUCUCCCGGCACUCCAAGGGGCUGCAGAUCCUGGGGCAGACUCUCAAGGCCAGCAUGCGGGAGCUGGGCCUCUUGAUAUUUUUCCUCUUCAUCGGUGUCAUCCUCUUCUCCAGUGCCGUCUACUUUGCAGAGGCUGACGAGAGCGAGUCCCAGUUCCCAAGCAUCCCCGACGCCUUCUGGUGGGCCGUGGUUUCCAUGACGACUGUUGGCUACGGAGACAUGGUCCCCACAACCAUCGGGGGGAAAAUUGUGGGGUCCUUGUGUGCCAUCGCUGGCGUAUUAACGAUUGCCUUACCAGUGCCCGUCAUAGUCUCUAACUUCAAUUACUUCUACCACCGGGAGACGGAGGGAGAGGAGCAGGCUCAAUAUUUGCAAGUAACCAGCUGCCCAAAGAUCCCCUCUUCCCCUGACCUAAAGAAAAGCAGAAGUGCCUCUACCAUUAGUAAGUCUGAUUAUAUGGAGAUUCAGGAAGGUGUAAACAAUAGCAAUGAGGAUUUUAGGGAGGAGAACUUGAAGACAGCCAAUUGCACCCUAGCUAACACAAACUAUGUGAAUAUCACCAAAAUGCUAACUGAUGUCUAGUUGCUAAAACCUAGUAAUGUAUUUAAAGCUAAAGUGGAACAAUUGCAGAUAUUGAGUGCUGCUCUGCAUUGUAGUUAAUACAGUAUUUUCUACGGUGUAUAUUUGGUUCUGCAUGGGAAGCAAUAGCUAUGUAAGUGACUUUUAACCUUUGAUUUCCACACCGAAUAAGUGUUUGUGAAAGCAAACAAACAGAAAAACCAAACCAAACCAUUUCGUUUCCCUUCUCCCAUCCCAGGCUUGUGGGUUUCCAAAGGUGUGGAGCAGUUAGUCGAGCCACGCACCGCUCCUGUUUGUGCAAUAGCAGAGAUGCAGGGAAUGCUCCCCGGCUGGCUGGGAGCACGGCUGGGCACAGCUCUGUCCCCAGUGCUGGGUCACUGCCAGCUCCGGGCACAGGCAGCAGCAGGGAAAGGUCAGGCAGGGCUGGGGAGGGCGGCAUGCUGCCGGCCACCCCAAUUAUUUGAAGGCUUGGGUUUCUGCGUUGGGAAUGCCAAGUGCGAACGCAUCACCCAGGCUCGCGUUUCAUAACUGAAAAUGCUGCAUGCUGCAAUAGUUUCAGCCACUGCAGUAUGCCAGUGUGAGGCCCAGGGGAGGGAUAAUUAGUCUGACGGCACAUUAUUUAUUAAGUCUUAAGUUUUCUAUGCUAGGCAUCAGGAGGGAUGAGUAAAUAAAUCGAGCGCUUGGAUUUUAUUGAUUUAUUUAGAUGACACUUCCAUCACCACUGUUUCCAGGAUCACCAAAGACACCUCCACUGACACAUUGAAAAUUAGUUGGAAAAAGCAUCUUUUUUUAUAUAUCUAUAUAUAAAACUGGAGCAACUGUGCUGUGGCCUAUAAUAUAUUUAUACUGCAGUGAAAUUUAACCAGUAAUACAGUACAGCUGCAUGGGUAUUUGUUGCAUGAAUCUGAAUAUUCAAUACACACACAAAUAUAUAUUUUCUUAGUAGACUAUACAGUAUUCAUGUUUAUAGUGUUUAUAGAUACUCCGGUGGCUCAAAGGAAAUUUAUGGAAGCUAAAAAAAUCUCUAAUAUGUUUCAAACUGGAUGAGGAAGGCAUGUGCUGACAACAGUUUGACAGAUAACAAGGCAAAGCCUGAGUGUCCAAGCAUCCAGCCACAAGAGCCGAGUACUGCAAGCGAGGGAAGGUGAACUGAAAGUUAAACACCUGCACUCACUAUGGGGUGAGUAACUAGUCUUUAAUCGUGGUGUCAUGAGCAGAAACCACAGCUGAUCAGAGAAGGCACAGGGAGCAGGUGGAAUAGCAGGUACUGGCUCUCCAGACUUGCUUGUUCAGCAAUUUCAGCCCUUUCCUAUACAAUUAUUGUGUGUGUGUGUAUAGAUAUUUAGAGGGCGACUAUAGGGCCAACUCCUCAGCAAAUGUGAGCACUCAGAGCAUCAGGGCUUCCUGGCUCAGGGGCCACCAGACAUGACCUGUCCUGGGGCACCGUUUUGGGCUGGCAAACCCUUUUACAACCAUGUAGAGCCCUAGGGCUGGUGGUUUACUUUCCCGCGUGGUGGAGGCUGGGCUGGAUCCAAGCUCGCACUUCCAAGACUUUGCUUUUGUUUUGCCUUCUCCCAGGUUUUUUUUUUUUUUUUUUUAGGGCUGUGUCGAGGUGCAGAGACCUCAGGGCUGCCCAUGUUUCUUCUUCAUCUCUGAUGUUAUUUGGGGAUAGCUGGGAGCUGUUGGUUCAGGGGUCUUAUCUGCUUUCCCCAUCCCACCUGGAUUUCCUUCUCUGUCCCCACACUGCUGACAAAGCCCAGAAUGGGCCAGCGCAGGGGAGAGGGAUGCAAACCCCUGCCAAGGUCCCAGCCAAGCAAGUCCCUGGGUGAAGGCUGGCGUUUAGCAGCCCGUUAAGUCAGGGUGAAUAUAGCCAGAAUUUGGGCACAGUCAGCAUUUCACCACUGCUGCCAAGCACAGGUGCACGGAAGGAAGCCCAUUGAAGAGCAUGCCAGUGAAGUCAGCUGGACCCUUCCUGACUUCCAAGAGGAAAACAAUAUUCAUAACAAUACAACAAACGGUGCUAACGUAUUCUACAGCAAUGGUUCAAAAUGCUGCUUAGGGUCUGAUCCAUCUCUUGUGCUGACGUGGCCCCACUCAACCAGGUGGGAUCACUCAUUUUUACUUAAGUGAUUGAUUGAUUCAGGCCUGGCUCUAAUUACCACCCAGUGUUCAUGGUGAGCACUCCAGAGUCCUGGAUCCUGCUUGGUGCAGAGCAGCACCAAUACACUGCACUGGGCUCUGGGUGCUCAGCACUGCACAGGGUUGGGCAUGCAGACUGUACUGAAUUAUAUCUCAUUGUGUUUAGAGUCCUCUCCUCCUCUCUGCUGCUGCAGCUCUGAAAUGGGUGUCCCUGAAGCCCAUAAACACCUGCAACACACACAAAAGAAGCAACACAACUGAAAGCAAUAAAUCUGUUUCCGAAGCUUGUUGUUGCAUGGGAUGGCAUGGGUGUGAUUUCCCGGCAACCAGCCAGCCUCUGUCAAUCCAGCUCACUGCAGGUCUAUGGGGAUGUGACCUUGCACCCAAUGCACUGGGAUGCUGGCUGCCCACCCAUGGGUGUCCCAGAACUGGGGUGGUCCCAACCCUGCUGUGCGGGAAAGCAGCAGUGCUAAAAACAGGCUGCUACAGGCAUUUAGAGAGGAUGCUGGCACUCAACAAGACUUUGCGAAGGGCCUGGUUGCUUAACUCCUGCGCGUUUCAGACCACUCACCUCCUGGCCUCUCUGGAUCUGGAUGGAUCCUGCACCUCUUGCAGUCACCCAGGCAGAUGCACGUAGGGAAACCAGCCCUGGAGGGAGAGCACCUCAGCACUGGUCCUGGUGCUAUGUGUGGGAAGUAGGGGGUGUGCCUGGAUGUGUGCUCAGAUGGGUUUUCAGGGCAAAAAGGGUCUGUGGGGGCCAUGGUAAGAAGCCAUCCAUCAGGCUGCAUGAAACAGAAGGGUCCAGAUUUCUCCCCUGCAUGGAGAAAUGGUUCCCCUAUAGCUUUUAAUGGGAUUUGUGCCUGCAGGUCGGAGCUCUAGUGCUAUUUCUAGCUUUGCUUCUGACUCACUGAUGUGAUCUUGAACCAGUUUUCAGGAGGAGACUGGUUUUUUUUCUUUCAUUUUUUCUUGAGGAAUUUGGUUUGAGCAACUCUGGGCUUGCAUCCGCAGAGAAAGCUGAGCAUCCCAAACUUCCCUUUGCUUUGAAUGGGUACAAAACUGGGAUGGGAAGUGCCUCAGACUGAGGAUGCCAAAAUGCAGGGGCUGAGUCUCCCCUCCCUCCUCCCAUGGAGAUAUUGGCCACAGUUGCGAUGGAGAACUGAAGCCUUCUGCUCUGUGGAAGUGCCCCUGCAUAGGCACCCAGAGGAGGCAGUAGCCAUAUCUUAAGUUUUAUUCUUUGUGCUGUAGCUUUGGAGAUGGAAAGUGGUGAUUACAGUUGUUUUCUAAAAGCCAGCACUUGCCCGAGCCUGUGAACAACCCAUCAGACCUUUAAAAUCUUCUGAAAUUGCUGUUAAGGGCAGUGAGGGGAAGUUCAUGUACUGGCUGCACACUGCCAAGUGAUUUAGGGCUGAUGGAAAAAAAUUAUCUGUAUGGGGUGAUGUGUUUUAUCAGGAAAAAUAAUCUCUGUAGCUUUGUGUUGUGUUGAAGUCUUACAAAUUUGAAUACAGAGCUAUACCAAGAAAAGGAUCUCUACAUUAGUGUUAUGCGAGUGUGGCAUGUGGGAGUAUAAAUAUGGGCAUAUUUGUGCAUAAAUACACAGAAGGAGAGAAAAAGACAGAGGAGGAGGAGAUAUUUCAGGAAGGGCCUUGCUUUGUUAUCAGAUAAUUCUUGGGUCAACGUUGAAAUUGCUGCCAAAGUCUUGCAGCCUUUCUGGAGUUUGCAACACCCCUAGGGAUGGGCCCAAGUGAAGGAGGUCUGGAUUUGGCCUUGGUGGUGGGGACCAGUGGCACCCAUUUCCGUGCACCCCUGCAUCCCAGCAGCUUUGCAGCAUUUUUGGUCUGGAUCCUGAAUCCCCAGCUUGGGCCCAUUCUUGAUAUUUUUGUGAUUGUUCAGGGAAAGCCAAGAAGAAGUUGAAGGGAUUUGUUUGCGAGGGUGGUUUUUCUUUUUUUUUUUGUUAAUGGAAGCACCUCUCCACUUUGGAGCUGGGGUGUGCUUACCUUGGGGUCUGUGUUCAUGGGGGGCUCCCAGUGGUUUCUUCAGUUGGUGGGAGCUGGUCAGCAUGCUGCUGGGGUAGAAGGGGCUGAGAGGUGAAGAGAGGAGGAGCCAGCUCCAAAGUAUUUGUUCCCCCCCCCCCCCCCCCCCCCAAAAUUCUGUGGCUCUCUCCUUGCACCCCUGGCAGCAGCCAGAACAUCCCCCCGUGGUCCCUCCCACUGGGGACUGGCUGCUGCCCUGCUCCAGGAGCCCCGAGGAGGACAAGGGUCUUCAUGCCCUUCCCCAUCCCUCAUUGCCUUGGUCUCCCUGUGAUGAAAUUACUGCUUUGGCUGCCCAAAUGUCACCCUCCAAGCUCUUUUUUUGGGUGCCUGCCAUCCUGCUGCAUCCCAUGGUGAGGGCAAGGGGCCGGUCUCCAGCCGUGUAAAUCAGCCCUGAAAGCACAGCACAGAUUUACACCCAGGGAUGAACUCCCCCUGACCCAACCGUGCAUGGAGAAUGGGAAACCCUUCAGCCCAGUUCCUCUUCUGGAUGGGAUGGUUUGCUUCCCAGAGCUCCUGGACAUUGUAUGACCAUGGCCCUGUUGCAAGGUCCAUGUGUGUGUUUAAUGCCCUGCCUGGCUGCUCAGGGCUUGGGGGGCUUGGGCUUUUUUUUUUCUUCUUCUUUUAUUUUUCUGUUGUUUAUAAGACUGCAAUUAUCCAUUUGCACUUGCUCCUUCAUUGCUUGAGACUGUGCUAUUGUCCUCCAAUGUCAUCUACUAAUCAUUGCUGGAAGCACAAGGGAAAAACAGGCAUUGGAUCAAGCCUGUGUUUGCUGCCUAAUUUGAGCGAAUCGAUAGGAAGAGGAAAUCCAAGAAGGACUCAUCCUGACGAUGCUGGAGCCGAACCUUUUGUUGCCAUGGUUACGGGAGAAAUGGGACCAGGAAUGGAGAGAGGCCUAUAAACUGGUAAAGGAGGACUCGUGGGAAUUUCGAGUCAUUUAAUCAUGUGUUUGCUAGACAAAAAUUUAGACACCAGCUGUAUCUGAAUUGCACAGUGUGUAUAGACGUUACUGCUCUUAUUGACAGCGUGGGGGUGUCCUUGGGGUUGGGUGCGUCUGCAGUCUGAGACACCCGCAUCAAUAAGGCUGACCAUUGUAUAUAGGUAUACAGAUCUGUGUAUAUACGUAUUCCAAAUGAGCAUUUGCUGUCUGAUUUAUCAUGAGUGUACAUAAUAUAUUCUUCACAGAGUAUCACAAAUUUUGUAAAUAUCAGCACUAAUUAAGAGGAAAUAAAUAUGUAUAUUAUU